CACGGCGCGUGGUUGUAGAGCGAGCUCAAAAGGCGCGUGGUCUGUGCGACGACCAUUCAAUUCGCACUGCCCCUCUUUGAGCACAGUUCUGUUCGGCGCGUGCUGCUGCUCAGUCGGUUGUGUCUACAGGAGCCGCGUUCUCGCUCUGUGCGUCUGUUUACAUGUGUGGUUUGGUUUGCGCGUGAAUCGACCGAAUCAAACACGAAGCAGGCCGGCGCGAGCCAGCAAGAAAGGGCAAGGCAGCCCACAAGCGCUCAGCUAGCAACCGCACGUUAAACUGUGAGAUGGUUUCGUCCGCUCCGGGGCUCCUUCUGCUCCCAAUGCUAAUAUAUCUCCAGCACUGCAUUCAAGUAAACGGUACGAAGACUGAAUGUGAGGCCAGCCAGUUUCAGUGUGGAAACGGGCGCUGCAUCCCGUCUGUCUGGCAGUGUGACGGAGAUGAGGACUGCACCGAUGGCAGUGACGAGAACUCCUGUGUUAGAAAGACUUGUGUGGAGAUGGACUUUGUAUGUCGCAACGGCCAAUGUGUCCCGAAACGAUGGCACUGUGAUGGGGAGCCAGACUGCGAGGAUGGGUCAGACGAGAGCGUAGAAAUCUGCCACAUGAGGACGUGUCGUGUGAACGAGUUUAGCUGCGGAGCGGGCUCCACUCAGUGUAUCCCCAACUUCUGGAAAUGUGAUGGCGAGAAGGACUGUGACAACGGAGAGGACGAGGUCAACUGUGGCAAUAUCACUUGUGCUCCAAAUGAGUUCACGUGCGCCAGCGGCCGUUGCAUCUCCCGCAACUUUGUGUGUAACGGCGAGGACGACUGUGGUGACGGCUCUGAUGAGGUGGAGUGUGCGCCGUCCUCAUGUGGUCCUAGUGAGUUCCCGUGUGGAAACUCAUCGUGCAUCCCGGCCAGCUGGGUGUGUGAUGAUGACGUUGACUGCCAGGAUCAGUCAGAUGAGUCCCCGUCUCGUUGCGGCCAUCAUCCGACACCACCAGCCAAGUGUUCAUCCAGUGAGAUGCAGUGCCGCUCAGGAGAGUGUAUUCACAAGAAGUGGAGGUGUGAUGGAGACCCUGACUGCAAGGACAGCAGCGACGAAGCCAACUGUCCUGUACGCACUUGUGGAUCAGAUCAGUUCAAAUGUGAUGACGGCAACUGUAUCCUGGGCAGCAAGCAGUGUAACGGCCUCAGAGACUGCGCCGAUGGAACGGACGAAGUCGGCUGUAAAAACAUGACCCAGUGUAUCGGACCAGAGAAGUUCAAGUGUCGCAGCGGGGAGUGUAUCGAGAUGAGCAAAGUGUGCAACAAGGCCCGAGACUGUCCUGACUGGAGCGACGAACCCAUCAAGGAAUGCAAUCUGAACGAGUGUCUCCUGAACAAUGGUGGCUGCUCUCACAUCUGCAAAGACAUGGUGAUCAGCUUUGAGUGUGACUGCACACCUGGACUUCAGCUCAUAGACUACAAGACCUGUGGAGAUGUUAAUGAGUGUCUGAAUCCCGGCAUCUGCAGUCAGAUAUGCAUCAACCUGAAGGGUGGAUACAAGUGCGAAUGCCACAACGGCUACCAGAUGGAUCCGACCACCGGAGUCUGCAAAGCAGUCGGUGAGGAGCCCUGCCUGAUUUUCACCAACCGACGUGACAUACGUCGUCUGGGUCUGGAGAGGAAGGAGUACACUCAGAUUGUGGCGCAGCAGAGGAACACGGUGGCUCUGGAUGCAGACUUUAAUCGGCAUAUGAUCUUCUGGGCUGACCUGGGCCAGAAGGCCGUGUAUAGCACUGUGCUGGACAAACAAGAUGUCGGCAUCCACAAGAAAGUGAUCGACAACGUCCAGACUCCUGUUGGAAUCGCCGUGGACUGGAUCUAUAAAAACUUGUACUGGUCUGAUCUCGGCAGCAAAACCAUUUCUGUAGCCAAUUUCAACGGAACCAAGCAGAAAGUUCUGUUUAACAAAGGCCUCAAAGAACCGGCAUCCAUCGCUGUGGAUCCGCUGUCUGGGUUUCUGUACUGGUCCGACUGGGGCGAACCGGCCAAGAUUGAAAAAUCUGGUAUGAACGGAGUGGACAGACAGGUUUUGGUGGCGACAGACAUCCAGUGGCCUAAAGGAAUCACCCUGGAUCUGAUCAAAGGCAGGUUGUACUGGGUUGACUCGAAGCUUCACAUGCUCUGCAGCGUCGACCUGAACGGAGACAACAGGAAGAAAGUACUCCAGUCUUCGGAAUACCUGGCUCAUCCCUUCGCUCUCACUGUGUUUGAGGAUCGCGUCUUCUGGACAGAUGGCGAAAAUAAAGCCAUCUACGGUGCGAACAAGUUCACAGGCUCCGAUGUGGUGACGCUGGCCAGCAACCUGAAUGACCCCCAGGACAUCAUCGUAUACCACGAGCUGAUCCAGAUGUCUGGCACUAACUGGUGUGUAGAGAAAGGUGAAAAUGGAGGCUGUAGCUACAUGUGCCUGCCUGCGCCGCAAAUCAACAAACACUCUCCCAGAUACACCUGUGUGUGUCCAGAGGGACAGGAGCUGGCUGCUGACGGCCAUCGCUGCAAACCUGAAAAUUCUACCAAAGGUCUCUCAAAGGAUGAUUGGAAAGCUCCGGUACAGCCACCACCAGAGGUAAACGUGAGCACGUCGAUCCAGGUGAACUCCACAGCCAGAGGGUCUACUGCUGCCUGGGCCAUACUACCUGUCUUGCUGCUGGUGAUGGCAGUGGGGGGCGGCUACCUGAUGUGGCGAAACUGGCAGCUAAAGAACCAGAAGAGCAUGAACUUUGACAACCCCGUCUACCUGAAGACCACAGAAGAAGACCUUAACAUCGACAUCACCCGGCACGGCGCCAAUGUAGGGCACACCUAUCCUGCGAUUUCGAUUGUGAGCACAGAAGACGAUUUAUCAUGAUCGUUUUGGAGUUUGGGCUUUUUCUUUUUAGGGCAACCCAUCGUGUUGCAAGGCCGCCUUGUUCCCAUGCCGACGGUUGUCCGUAGAAGCAGCCCUUAAAGUCCAACCACAUGCCUUCUGAAGUGAAUUGUGUUAUCUGUGGAGAGGAUGACUUGAGGAAAUGCUAUUUAUUAUGUGAAUACUACAAUGAAUUACAUGUCCAUAACUGUUUUCACUGAAGAGUUCGGGUUCUUUUUGGUUUUGUCUUAUUUUUGCGACAGCUUCUUGUCUUUUCACUACAGUUGAUCACCUUACUUGUGUUCAACCUGAUGUGGAAGACGCAGUACGUUUCUCUGCAACCGGAUCAACUCUGCUGGACAGGAUUUAAAACUGGCUAUGAAGCAUCUGGCGUGAAAGGGGGGGGUCUGGGGUCAAUUAAGAUGUUCAAUGGAAAAUCUAAUCCAAACUUUCUCUUUCUUGCUUCCUCUGAGCCAACAGGCUCAGAUGUAUGAUUAUUUAUGUACGUCAUGAUUUAGGCAGUAAUAUCAUAGUUUUUAUUUUGUGCUCUUUAGAUUUUGUUUUCCAACAGUACCUCAUGGAGAGCAUUCUUACAAGCUUUUCAGCCAGUGUUCAACAUUAUUAUUGAAGCUGCAUAAGGAUCUCCAUGAAAACAUCAUUUGUAAACAUUGUAUAUAUUUACUCGCCAUCCCUCAGACAUGACAGUCAAUCAGGACUCUCUUUAAUGCACUUUGAUCAAAUGUUCCUUGUGUAAAUAAGAUUGUAUACAUUUGACUUGAAAUAAUUUUUUUGCUAUGGUCUGGCAUUGUACCAGGGUUAGAGUUCAGAUGUAUUUAAAUAGAAAGAAAAAGCUGGGGGGGGAAAAACUACUAUUUUGUAUGUUGUGCUGUUGCUGUGAACUUUUUCUAGCCUUGUACAGUAGGGGGAUACUAUUAAAACUUCAAAGCUCUCUGUGAAGAAACUGAUUUGAAAAUAACUUUAAUUAAAACUUGAUAUACAAA